GGGACUGUACUUUAGUUUCGGGUUUUGUUCAACAAGCCUUGGCGCUGCAUUCUUGAUCUCAAGUUGUUCAAGUUUGUUGUAGGCUAAGUAAUGCAUGCACUUCACUGCAAGCUAAUAGAGAAAAUAUGCAUAAUAAUAACAUAUAUCAAAUAUUAUAUUUGAAUUCAUAUCCAUUCCAGAGACAGGAAAUUGUUUAAUAUCCUAUCGUGAAGAAACUGGAUCCGACUUGGUACCAAAUAUUGGGAUAUUUCAGCAUCCAAAAUAUUACUCAACACAUCUGAAGUCUGUGAAGAGCAAUUCCGUAUGCAAAUAAAUGAGAAAUGACUUGUGCUGGUAUGGGUGAUACUGAUAUCAGUUGAAUGUUCUGUUUGCAAAAUAACUCCGUCUUGUUUUGGUUAUUGUAACCCUACGUGAGCGACGCGACCAAUCCGGUGUUUUUUUUCUAUCUCAGUAGCCUAUUGGAGAGCUUGUCUAUAAAGGCACUGAGAGCAUGUUUUUAUAUCUUUGUGUCUGUGCUGCAAUACAUGCUCUUAGAGAAGAAGUUGGGAGAAGGGGGACAACUUUUACUGCUCGUUAUCAAAUAAGUUAUUGAAACAAUAACACCAUUUGAUUUUAUCUCGGCACCAAUAUCCGAGGUCAUUGAGACAUUUGGAGAUCAAACGCUAGAAGUUAGAGCAUUGGGCCAGAAACUGAAAGGUUGCUGGUCAAAUACCCAAGCCGACAAGGUGAAAAAUCUGUUGAUGUGCCCAACCUGACCGGAUAGCUUAACCAGAGAAGUUCUAUCAAGCAUCAGAAUAAAUCCACACUCCAGAGAUGGACACAGGAACUGAACCUAUGGGCACCGGAGGUCAUCAUGGGUCAGGUGACCCAGUUGGACCGGCGCUGCUCUGGCUCCAGGACACUGUUACCACGGUAACACUGCAGGCGCGUCAGAGGGUGUUACAGGGAGCGUUGUUACUGUGUGCUCUGGGACUGUUACUAUGGACCGCCAUCUUCCUCUACGGGAGCUUCUACUACUCCUACAUGCCCCUAGCUACCUACAGUACACCUGUCCACUACUACUACAGGACGGACUGUGACUCCUCAGCUUCUCUUCUCUGCUCCUUCCCCACCGCCAACGUAUCUCUCCUGAGGAAUGGCAAGAACCAGGUGAUGACAUACGGCCAGCCCUAUCGGAUCUCUCUGGAGCUGGAGAUGCCCGAGUCGCCAGCCAAUCAGGAGUUAGGAAUGUUCAUGGUCAAGAUGUUCUGUUACUCCGGACAGGGGCAAACUGUGACCUCUUCAGCACGAUCUGUAAGGCAGCUCAGCUCCAGCUCUCGCUUUACAAUGCUGCGGUAUCGCUCCGGCCUGCUCCAGACUCUGGGAACACUGUUUCUCAUCCCGUUCUUCCUGGCUGGAACGGCUGACCAGAAACAGUUGGUAGAGGUGGAGCUCUUCUCCGAAUACAGAGAGGAUUCUUAUGCCCCAUCUAUAGGAGCCAUCAUUGAAAUCCAGUCUCAAAGGGUGCAGAUCUACUCAGCAAAUCUCUACAUUCACGCUCACUUCACUGGCAUAAGGUACUUCCUGUACAACUUCCCGACACUGUCAGCAGUAAUGGGUGUGGCCAGUAACUUGUCCUUCCUCAGUGUCCUCCUCCUCUUCAGCUACCUGAGGCUCAUCUGGGGCCGAUUUAUCAACCCCCAAAAGGUGAGAGAUAGGAUUAAUCUUCAUCGGAGGCUAGCCGGGAGCGAUGAGAGCGAGGACACUGAACACCUACAAGAUUACCAGGAUGACACUACAGGAAUCAAGAAUUCUUCAUCGGAUGCACUACUGGAGGCACAUCAGAUUACAGCAACCCAUCUGAACCAGAAGGAAGAGUCCAUUCUCAAAGCAGAUGGGGGGGAGAUGGACAUCAGACAUGGAAGGUUUCAGAGUGAGAUAGAUGAAGAAGAGAUCAUUGCUGAGGAAGAGGGGGAGAAUAUGGGCAUGUCUCUUGACCCAGAGUUGGAAGGGUCGUUUGAGACAGCAAAGCAGCCAGACAGCAUCCCCAGCAGACUGACUGGAACCUCAACCUGUGUGAUAUCCUGAUGGAGAGCUCCAAUGGAUGCACAGUGGCUCAAUGACCAAUAGUUGGGCACCAAAGUAUUAUCUUUAGAGGGGGCCCUAUUGUACUUUGUUACUGUAAAACAAUAUGAAGAUUUGUUAAGUUUAAAAACCUGAUAUGUUUAAAGCUGUGUGAAUAUAUUAA